UAAGAGCAAGCUAAGCUAAGCUAAGUGAGUUAGCAAACAAGAAUCAACGUAACAAUGGCUGGAAGGUGGUCUCUUCAUGGCAUGACUGCUCUAGUUACGGGUGGAACUCGUGGCCUAGGGCAUGCAAUAGUGGAAGAACUGGCAAGUCUUGGUGCAAUUGUUUACACAUGUUCACGUACCGAGAAGGAGCUUGACGAGUGUCUGCAAAAUUGGAAAGGCAAGGGAUAUAAUGUUUUUGGUUCUGCAUGUGACAUAUUACAACCAUCUGAACGUGAAAAUCUAAUCCAAUUAGUCAACAAACAGUUCGAGGGAAAGCUCACCAUUUUGGUAAACAAUGUGGCUAGACUUGUACCAAAGGAAACUUUAAAAUCAGAUGGCCAAGAUUUCUCUAAUACUAUUGGCACAAACCUUGAGGCUUCUUUGAACCUUUGCCAACUUGCACACCCAUUGUUGAAGGCCACAGGAAAUGGAAGCAUUGUCUUCAUCUCUUCAUGUUCUAGUUUUGUUUAUGCUCCUUUUCACACUAUCUAUGCUUCAACCAAAGGGGCUAUUAAUUCACUUGUAAAGAACUUAGCUUGCGAGUGGGCAAAUGAUAACAUUCGUGUCAAUGCAGUUGCUCCCUGGCUCAUGAGAACCUCUCUCACCGAGUCAUCAAGAGGAGAAUUUGGUGCAGUAAUAGAAGCUUUGAUCCGACGAACACUGCAACACCGGCUUGUAGAGCCUAAAGAAGCUUCAGCUGCGGUGGCAUUCCUCUGCUUCCCAGCAGCUUCUUUUGUGACUGGUCAGAUUAUUUCUGUAGAUGGUGGAGGCUCAGUCUAUGGUCUUUGA